GUCAAGUAAUGCCUACAAUACAUCCUUCAUAAUGGUCCAAAUGGGACCAUAUAUAAUACACCAAUAUUUAAAACUUGAAACCUAGCAUGUGCCUCACCUGAGCCAGUCAAAACGCCAUGGUAGGCGUCUCGGGCCGAAGUAGAGCCUGCGCAAACUGCAAAUCCAGACACAUCAAAUGCGACGAGGCCCGCCCAUCAUGCAACCGCUGCGUCAAAGCCGGCCUCAACUGCCGCGGGUACGAGCGAAUGACCAAAUUCGUCGACGAAACGCUGUGGACGCGAGGCAAGCACUCGUCCAGCAUCGUCUCGAAGAAGACAGCAUCCUACCCAUCUUCCUGGAACUCUGCAGACAUUUCCAAGAAACUCGACCCUCUUGUUAUGAGGUUUCUGAGAGGCAUGUUUAUGCCCCAUAAUGUGGACUUUACGUCAUGGCAUUAUAGUCCCUCGGAUGGCGCCGUCGUGAGAAGACCGUUUCUGCCCGGUGUUACCUUGCAGGCGCUGGCGCUGAGCCUGCAUGGGAAGGUAACGAGGAAUCAGGAAAGUUUGAAUCAGGCAGUUGAGUUGUAUGGGUUUUCGAUUCGGAGUAUUCGUGCUGAUUUGAGGGAUGAGAAUGCUGUGUCGACAACGUUGCUGAUAUCGUCGGUUCUGCAUAUGACCAUGUACGAGUGGGUGCAUGCUACGAAUACGUUAGCAUGGAAACAUCAUGCGCAGGCAUUAGCGCGGAUGGUUGAGAUGCGUGGGCCUUAUGUUUUCAAACAAGGCAUAGAAAAGCGAUUAUUUUUACAGGCAAGAUCGAUGAUUUUAAUCGCGGCACUUGAAGACCGGAAAAGGACAUUUCUUGCAGAAGACAUCUGGCAGACUGUUCCAUGGUCCAACACUCCUGAAUUGAAAACAUACAUCAACAGAUACGUCGACCUUGUUCUAUUCAUACCCUCAAUAAUGGAAGAUCUCGACAUCCUGCGCCAAGCAGAAACCGAAGCAAAGCAAUGUUCUAUCCGCGAUAGAAUUCGCACGACAAUACUGUCGCUACACAAAAGACUCCUCGACAUACGCUGCGAUUGGGAGAUUAUCACAGCAAACGCCGCCUAUGAAGCCCCUCCGCAAAGGUCUGAACACGUUUAUUCGUCUGUCGAUGAAACCGGGAGUGCGCUGUUCACCAGCCUUCUCGGGUUUAAAGACCUUCAAACUUGUGUGGAAAUGGGCAUGUAUCAUGUUAUUUUAUUCUUUUUGCGGGAUUUUGAGAAUGAGAUUGGUAUGGAACAGGUCAACAAUACCCCGUCUCUAGCUAUGCCGAAGCGGUCGAACCCGGGUUUGAAGUUUCCGCACGAGUUGAUGACGGUGAGGGAUAUCGGGAUCGAUAUUUGCCGCUCCGUGGAGUUUUUUCUGCAACCGAGUCAUGGAUUGACGGGGGCGUAUUUUCUUAUUUUUCCUCUGAGGGUUGCGCAGUUUGCGUUUGAGUUGGAUGAGGACCGUGCAAUUGUGGCCUGGACCAGGAAAAUUAUGAGGCAUAUCGGUGAUACGUAUGGUUUCAGCACUGCCUAUGCGUUUUGUGGGAGUUGAUGCUGAAGCUUGGCUUUGUCCAAGAACUGACACAUCUCAAUUACACGCCAUCAAGCAGUAAACGAUGGGAUCGUGAGAGCGCUAUCAUGCGCGGGGUUUACCCGGGAAAAUAAUCACUCCACGUUGAGAUCCUAAGAUGGCUCGAUCGUAUACGUCCAAAUUGGCGUUCUUGUGUCGUGAAAGAAUCCUGUCUGAUCUGCAAAAGACGGCGACUCAUAUUGAAUCUUCGAUAUAC